AUGAAGCUGUUGAUCAUAGCCUCGCUGGUGGCUCUGACCGAGAACGGCAUCUCACGUAACGAGAACGGCAGCCCCAAGGACGGCUACGGCAAAUCCGAGUACGGCCAGCCCACCGGCGGCUACGUCCAGCAGGGCGGCUGGAGCUACAGCGACGACUACGGCAACCCCAUCCAGGUGACGUUUGUUGCCGACGAGAACGGCUACCAGCCGUCCAGCGACAUCCUCCCAACGCCGGUGCCGACCGAGUACCCGCUGCCGAUCGUGCCGCAGGCGGCGGCGUAG